AUGCCCCCAAUAACACCCCAACCUCGAUCCCCCUCCACUACCACCUCCGACGAAAACAACACCGUCACUUGGGAACAUCUCGAACAUGCUCCGCUGGCACUUUCAACUAGAUCAGCAGAUGCUACUGCUCACAAUCAUGAUAACCGGUCUACCGCGGAUAACCGUUCUGAAGAGGACAUUGGCCAUGGGAUGCAUGCACGGUCUGAGGCGGUGCACCUUGAGGAUGUGAUGGCUAUUCCCCAAGGGACUGGAACUGGGACGGGGAUGGGGCCUGGGACUGGUAGGGCGCCGGCUAUUAGGAUUUAUCCGCCUGGGGAUGCUGGGUCUGCGUCUGUGUCUGGUGCUAGUGGUGUCGGGGGUUCUACGAAGUCUGCUUCCUUCUCUGGGAGAUGA